AUGCCCACCGUAGUUUCCCGAUCCUUUUUUCCGGGUUUUAGUUCGGCCUUCGGGAGGAAGGAGAGCGGGAGGAGACUGAGGGAGAGUCAGCGGAGGGCGGGGCCUCUGGCGGUGGAUGGGGCGGAGCUUCGGUUUGAGUGGCGCUCAGCUCUCGCCGCUGGGCGGUCGACAAACGCGGGCCUGGCGGAGGGCGGCGGGCCGCGGAGAACGCGAGGCCACGGGGAGCGGCCGGGUCCCCGGAGGCGCGCCCUUCGGUCAGGUCGGGAGCCUCGCCAGGCUGAAGCCCCGGCCGACCGGAAGCCGCCUCGGUCUCAGCGUCCGUCCGUCCGGAGCAAAACCAGCGGACAUGACCGAUCCACCAGGGGCCCCGCUGCCGGCGCUCGCUGGCCGCGGGUGAAGAAGAAGAAAGUACAACCCCGCACGGCCCGGAGUGAGGAGAUGGCCCGGAGUGAGGAGAUGGCUCGGAGUGAGGAGAUGGCCCGGAGUGAGGAGAUGGCUCGGAACGAGGAGAUGGCCCGGAACGAGGAGAUGGCCCGGAACGAGGAGAUGGUCCGGAACGAGGAGAUGACUCGGAGCGAGGAGAUGACCCGGAGCGAGGAAGUGGAUCAGAGCGAGGAAGUGGAUCAGAGCGAGGAAAUGGCGGCGACAGGGCUCAACGUGACCGUAACCCACAGCAAUGAGAAGCACGACCUUCUUGUUACUCCACAGCAGGGCACUGUUGAACCAAUUGUCCAAGAUCUGGCCCAGCUUGUUGAAGAGGCCACAGGGGUUCCAGUGCCUUUUCAGAAACUCAUAUUUAAGGGAAAAUCUCUAAAGGAAAUGGAGCAGCCCUUGUCAGCACUUGGGAUACAAGAUGGUUGCCGGGUCAUGUUAAUUGGAAAAAAGAACAGUCCAGAGGAAGAAGUUGAAUUAAAGAAGUUGAAAGAUUUGGAGAAAGCUGUGGAGAAGAUAGCUAACCAACUGGAAGAGCUGAGUAAAGAUUUUGCUGGAAUCCAGCAGGGUUUUCUGGCCAAGAAUUUGCAAGCUGAAGCUCUCUGCAAACUUGAUAGGAGAGUGAAAGCAACAAUCGAGCAGUUUAUGAAGAUCUUGGAAGAGAUUGACACGCUGAUUCUACCAGAAAAUUUCAAAGACAGUAGACUUAAAAGGAAAGGCUUGGUGACAAAAGUUCAGGCAUUCCUAACUGAGUGUGACACAGUGGAGCAGAGCAUCGGCCAGGAGACAGAACGGCUGCAGUCCACGAACUUGGCUCUGGCAGAGUGA